AUGACGGACAAAGAUCAAAACAAACUUCAUGGCGCGCAGCCUCCUUCGGAAACUCCGCUGCCCUUAUCUACCACAGGCCACACAUUGCCUCGCAGGACUUUAUACGAAAAAUCCGUGACGUUGCAGCAUCACCGACUUGCGCGCGAUGCUGCCGCGAAAGCUACAGCGGAACGCACACCUUCAGUAAAAGGGGAUAAAGAUAAAGGAUCAAUUGGUUCGCCCUGCAGAAAAGAUUCUGCAGAAAGUCGCGAGACCGGACAGAGCGACGCAAUGCAGUGGUUCGAUCAGUCGAAUCAAAACCCCACCGUCUCUUACUCCGGAGCCAUGGAAGUCGAUCCCCCGUUCUAUCAAAAGGAGUCAGACUCCUCGAACGAGGACGCUCCUCAGGCUACCUAUCCCUUGCACCUCCGACCGGGUGUAUCCACAUCGGCGGCGGCGCCAGUCGUCACCCGAAGCAGCAGCACCGACGAUUAUCGCAGCGUCAUCGACGACCUCACGGUUGAGAUACAGAAGCUGAAAGAAGAGUUGAAGAGAUACAAGCAGUUGGGUCCGGACAUGCUCAAGAAGGAAAAGCUCUUUGAGAUCAAAAUGCACGGGCUGCCAAAGCGCAAGAAGAGAGAACUUGAGGCUACGCUACGCGAUUUUGCCGCAAGUAUUAGCGAAUCCCCCAGCGCCCAGACUUCGUCAGGGCCCCGCAAGAAGUCAUCUCGCCAUGCCAGUCGUCUAUAUUCUCGCUCAGGCUCCAUGUCCAAGCACGCUUCCUCCUCGUCUGGCUCACAGUCAAGGCCCGUUGACUCCGCCUACGCAUCCAUGUCGACGGGCCAUAAUUCAUCCGGAACAUCAAUGGGCCGACCCUCUGUGAGUUCACAGGCUCGUUCCGCCGAGCAGAAAGUCCAGAGCUACCUCAAGGACAUCCCUGAGGGCCUCUACCCGCGCCAUGUUGCCAUGACGGACAGGCAGAAGAAGAAGCUUGUGGUACGACGUCUGGAACAGUUGUUCACGGGCAAGACGCGUGCCCGAAGUCGCCAACUGAGUCAGGUUGGGCCAGCUGUGCCAGCUGUGCCCCAGGCGGUGGGCUCAUCGCUGGCACCCGUGAUGGGUGAGGUCAUGGCUAGGACGGCUGUCAUGGUUGACCAACCUGCGAGCCUAGGUCCAAGCGAACUUACUCGAGAAGCCCCUAUUCUUUUGGUUGGCGCCGGCGACUCGGGCAAGCAGGGCCGGUCGAGGGAUUAUAUGUCGAUGGACCAUUCGAACAGCUACCAGACAUAUUCCCGCGGUAGCGGAGCCGCAGCUGGUGAUGCCCAUAUGUCGCCGCCGAAUGCAUCGCUUCCUGAGCAACGCCCGACCCGACCCCUAGACCUCGAUCCCGACCGCGUGCAGAAUCCUUCGGAAAACAUGGACUACAUUCGCCAUCUCGGCUUGAUCCCACCUGAGCUGCUGCCUGAAUCGAGCACGCGGGAUGUCGCGCCGGACGCCGAUGGAUGGGUCUACUUGAAUCUCCUCUGCAACCUCGCCCAGUUGCACAUAAUCAAUGUCACCCCUGAUUUCGUCCGGGUGGCUAUUUCCGAAAAGAGCACCAAAUUCCAACUGUCAGCCGACGGUCGGAAAAUCCGCUGGAGGGGCGGCACGGAAGGCACCAAGUUCAGCAGCGACAGCUCCGGUGACAACUCGGGGAAGAGCCCCUCCACCGACGAUACAGACGGCUCGAAUGAGAACGACGAACGAAAGAAACGGAAGACGGUACAAGUCCAGCCAGGGUCCGCAGAUGACUUCACCUCGGCCUACUCGAGCAAGAAUCGAAUAUCAUCACACAGCUUCCACUACAAGCCUCUUUUCGUACACCAGGCACAGUCGGCCGAGCAGACGUCGGCCGACGAAACCGGAUCCUCGCUUGGCCCGGCCGAGGAGAGCAAUAUGGAAGAAUCGAGGUGGGGCAACAGCGGAUCUGGGUCGUCUCAGCGUCAGCGGAGAAAACGUCGCCUGGACGGUGCGAUCAUCUAUUAUAGCGGAGCACCCUUCUGCACCGACUUGUCCGGCGACCCUGGGGAUUCGUCGCCGACGACAUAUUUGACGUCUUCCGGUCGAGACCCUCAGGCUGGGUUCUCCAGCAGCCCUAGUGGCGAGUUUGUGAGACCUGAUCCGCCACAGCGGACGUCAUCCGGGUCCGUCCUGCGAAUCCGUCCGUUGAGCGAUGGGAGACCGUUCUUCGUCGAUGCAAUGAACGCGGAUCCUGAGAUGGUCCUUCCCGGCCACGACCCUCUUUCAGGCACGGGCGACUUCGACAUGGAAUGUCCUUGGUCGGAUGUAGAGCAGCCCAUCCGACUUCAGACUCUCGAGUCGUCUGGUCUUGGAGGUGUGGUCCCUGAGGAUCACUUCAUGAUUCUCGUUAAGACCAGGCGACCUAAGAAUGCCCCCAGUGCAAAGGUUCCGUUGCAGCGGCCCAGCUCUGACGAGAUGUCUGAUGCUAUCAUAUACCGCUUCGCAUCCAUGUCGCCGUCUCCGCGGCCAAUUGCGACCACACGCCAAACGAGCAGUGCCGCCGUUCCCACUAUUAAGAUGGAAUACGUUUCUGGCGGUAUCAAGCGCUUAUCGCCAGUCGCCCUCCCACCGCCGGCCGUCUUCAUACCCCCCUUCAGCACGGAUACCUCCGUCGACAGCAUGGACAGUCUCGAAUCGGAUGAUGAGGAAGACGAGUCCGAAUCGAGCGAUGAAUUUGGACGCAAACUGUCCAUUCCUCGGACAUCGGAUAUUCCGUACCCGGAUAACGAUAUGAGCAGCGGCGACGAAGAAGGCGGGGAGCCCGACGACGAAGACGAGCCGAAAGCCCGUGGCCCGACCCGACAAGGCCUGGGGAUUGCCCUGCCGCCGCGCCAACUGGCCCGUCGGACGAGCAGCAGCGCGAUCGCUGCCCCUGGUACUGUGCGGGGGCGAAGCAAGAGCAUGAGCGUCGAUCUGCCCAGACAGACGGAUAGCUCGAACGCUACCGAUAAUGAUGACGAUGUCGAAAGCGGGUACUCGAGCGGUCGCGAAGGAAGCAGCUGA